AUGUUCCACCUCAACGACUCACCCAUCAUCCCCACCGCACCCCCGGAACCCGCCAAACCCUUCACCGCAGACCUCCUCCUCACUCUGGAGCUCCAGCACCACCAGCGCUUCGGGGGCCCAAACCAAGAGAGACAGAGAGUGAGUACCGGGUGUGAGGUCUUGGAUACGCUUUUUGACGGCGGGGAGAGCGUUGAGAGGGGACGGGGGGUGGGGAGGGGGACUGUUGUUGGGCUUAGUGCGGAGGGGAGGGAGGGGGUUUUGGUGGGUUUUUUGAUUUUUGAUUUUUGAUUUUAUCUUUAUUCUUAUCCUUAUUCUUGAAUGUUGGGUUUUUUUUCUUAGGGGAAGAUGAGUUGGCUUUUUAUGUCUUCCCUUUUUGUUAUGUGUUUUUUGGGGGGGAUUUGGUGUAUUCUCUCAUCUUGCCUUAUUCUUCAUCUCAAGCUUCACUACCAAUUCUCUCCUUACUUAAUCCAUAUCCCCACAUCACCUCUCCUCCAUCAAGAAAACAAAUCUAACAAACCCCUAGCUAUCCCUCAACCUCCUCGCCUCACUCCUCAUUCCCCACCUCCCCAGCCCCAAACAACACCCGCCAAUCGCCCAAAUAAUCGACACAACCGGCUCCUUCCCACUCCCACUGCUCGCCCAAGUCCUCCACGCCAGAAUCUCCUCACACCUCUCCUUGCAAUCCCCAUCUGAGACCAGUCCCGCAACCGAGCAAGAGAUCCACACCCACGUUCAACGGGCCUUAGAACGCAUUUCCGUCUCGCGCGUCUUUGAUAUCGCAGGUCUUUGGGAAGUCCUACGAGAGAUCAAUGAUCCACCCCCCACGCCUCUGACGCCCACUCCGCCUGCGCCGGGACAGUCGAGUCCGGAUUGGGGUUCGAGUUUGACUUCUCCUUCUGCUCCCUUGGGGGAUGCUGAGGAGGUGGAGGAGAAAGAGAAAAAGAAAGAGGAUGUUCCAUCUCAGAGCUUCUCCACAGGAAACGAAAGCGAAAAGCCGGGCGAAGAAGAAGGGAUUCAAAUCCUGAUCAUUCAUACCUUGACACCAUUAAUCAUCGACUUACUAGCACGUCGAGAGAAAUCUGAGGGUAAGUAAUGAACCUGUUGCACCUUACUCUAUAUCACACAUCCACCAAAACAUCAAAACCAAAACCAAAAUCAAAACCAAAAACCAAAACCAAAAAUCAAAAAACCAAAGAAUAAAAAACACUAACAAAAAAACCCAGCCCACACCCUCCUAACAACCCUCUCAACAACCCUCCACACCCUCACAAAAACCACCAACAUCCUAACCCUCCUCCACAACACCACCGUCCCCUCAUCAUCAUCUUCUUCCUCCUCCACCCACCCCCACCCCCACCCCCAACACUAG